AUGGACGAGUUUUUUGAAUACUGGGAAUUGAUUCACGAGAAAGAGAAAUACGAAAAAGCUGGAAAGGAAAUAGUAAAAUACAAAAGGAAUAUAUCAGAUGUUGACAUAAGCUCAAGAGAUUUACCAAAAUGUGUUUUUGAAUUCUUCGAGCAUCAUUUGAUCCAUCAGCCAUACCCCACUUGGGAGAUUCUUUAUCACAUUAUUGACAUUGGAAAGCCUGAAAAAAAUCGAUUGCUUGAGGAAUUGGUUGUAAAUGUAUUGUCCACUCUCAUCAAUAUCAUUAUAGAACAUCCAGAUGAAGUCGACAAACAUGAUAAACUUUACAAUUUACUUUCAAAUAUUUAUGUUUCGGAAUGGUGCAUUAAUCAAAUUCGUGACCUAAUCAUUCCACGACUUUUCGACUUGAAAGAGAAUCGAGGCAUUUUAAAUAAUGUUCUCUAUUUGGCUCUGCUAUCUCGUCCAGUUCAUAUAUUGCUGACUCAUUACAUGGAUUAUGAGCGUCGACAGACCAUUGAAAAAUGUUGCAUAAAAUCUUUAUUUCUUAGCACAUGUUAUGAGAAAAUCCAUUGGAUUGAUGCUCUGUUAGAUAUUGAAAAUGACAAGAUGAUUUCUUCUUCUCUUGAUCACAAAUCAAAUGAUUUGACUCAAGAAGUAAUUGACAGUCACUUAAACGACAUCCGGAGUUUACUGAGGACAAUCAAUGAUGGAAAAAUCCUUUUCCAGUUGAUGCAGAAUGUCUUCACAUUGAUUUUCUUGCGCUUUGAACAUGUUCGAAAGACAAAGCGAAAGAGCAAGAACAGUGAGCUUAACUCCGACUCGGUUUCUAAUAACAUUAAUUCACAAACGACUGAUGUUUCAGAUACGACAGCAGCGGAAAUGCAGCUACAAAAUGGUUUUGUUUGCCUUAAGUUGAGUUUAUCAGCGAUUUUGAAUUCGAUGCGGAUGUUUCUUAUGGGAUUGGAUAAAAUGGAAGUUUAUCAGACGUGCAGUGAUCAAUUGAAGAAGAAAUUUGCAGCCAUGUUAGUUGACGUCGACAACGCGCUUUGGAGAUUGAGAUUAAUAGACAGAGUAGGGAAAAGAAUGGGGAAAUCUUAUCCAAAAAUUAAGGAAUGGCUGAGGUUUUAUGAUGAGAAAGUUGUCAAUAAUAACAAUUCCCUUGAUAUCACCAGCGAUGAUGAAAAGUCACCGAAGAAAAAGAUGAAAAGUCAGCGAAGGAAACUUAAAAAGAGACCAAAAAUCACAAUUGUUACUGAUGAGAAUGACGAAGCCUCCGAUGAUCCCGUUGAAUAUCAACUGACAACGAGUGAAGUUUCAAAAACGGAAAACUCUGAAAUUCGAUCACGAUUCAGUGAUUUGCAUAGAAAAGUCAGAAGCAUCAUUUCAAAGAUGUUGAUGAGUCCCGAGAGUCUUUUGUCGAUUUGUGUUCUUGAAAAUGACCAUGAAAAUGUCCAAGAAAUUAUUCAGUCUUACAAUCUUACAGACUCUGAAAUUUGUCAUGAAAUAAAUUUCAUGAGAAACUUCAAUGAAUGCAAAGCAAAUCUUCACGAAAUUGUUACUCGAUAUAAGGAAUUUCUACAACGUCAAGAAAAGAACACGGAAAAGUUAACAAAAGUUGAAGAAAUUCGACAGAUAGCGGAAAGUGGCUUUGAAAAAGCAAAAUUUCUCAACAGCAUGGAAAAGUUCACAACAAAUAAUCAUUUAAUGUAUUCAGAGAAUGAUGAAAAAUUAUUGGAAAAAGUCUCGACUCAGCAUCCAUGUUUGAAAGUUUAUCAAAGUUAUAGAAUCAACGUUCUUCCUUUAAUUGACUUCAUGAUUUCACUUCCGUGUCCGUUUGAACUUAAUUACAAUAUUUUCAAGCACAUUAUGAAGCAAUGGAAUCUUGAACAGUUUAAAGAUGAUAAUUUUGGCUUCAAUAAGUUUCUCAAGAACUUGAUGGAUAUUUUAACGAUCUACAGAAAUCACAAUAUUGAUAAAACCAUCGAAGAACUUUUCAAUGACGAAGUCUUCACUUUGUCAUCACCAACAAAACUCAAAAAGCAAUUAAAAAAUCGAAAGAAUGUUCUUAAGUUUAUGGAAAUGAAUGUGGAACGACUAAACAAUGAAGCAGAUAUCGUCAAUGUUUCGGAGAAAUUCAAAAAUUUUGAUUGUGAUGUUGACUUUAUCGGGAGAAUUGCGAGUUAUGUUAGGAAUGUCAAGGACCUGAUGAAACUUCAAACAAACAAAUUAUUUACAUUCAAUGAGUUGAUGUUUCUUAAUCUCGACGAAGUCGUGGGAAAACUCGUUUUCAAUCAACAAUGUAGUCCCGAACAAGUUGAAAAUUUUGCUUACAAUGUUAAUAUUAAUUUGGUUCAUUCCAUGGCUGUUACUGCUGUUGGAGAAUUUCAAAGUCCAAUCGAUGAUGGAGAACUUUUAUAUUCAUUUCUUUUGAACGAAACUGACUCAUCAAAUUUUAUUGAAGUCGCUGAAAUGUCCAACCAAAGCUAUUAUGAUCUAAACAACUUGGACAUUUUGUAUUAUAUCAAGAAAGAAGGCUCGUUUAUGGUUGCAUAUUUAAUGAAAAUGAUCAAAAAUGUUGACUACAAGACUUUGAGGUAUGAUGAGAAAAAUUUCUUUGAGCGUUUAGCGAAAAUAGAGAAUGCGGAAAUGUUGAAAAGUCUUUUUGGUAAUAGUAAAAUUGUUACAGCAUUAAACAGCGAUCAUAUCAAAUUGAAAUUGUUAAUGACAAAGAUUCAGAAAACGAAAGAUUUGAACGAAAAGUUGAAGAUACUUUGUAGCAUAAGUGAACGUCAAUGGAAUCGUUGUUUUGUUGAGUUCAAUAAACUGAAAGACUUUUAUAUUGAAAUGAUCAUCCUGAACAGUUCUAAUGAGUCGAAACGAGAAAAAUUCAAGAAACUUGAAGAGAUUGAAAGUGUGAAGAAGUUUAGCGAAAUUUUAUUGAAAUGCAUUGGUGACAUUGACAGUGAUGAGUACGCUGAAAAACUUUUGAGGCGAUCUUUGAACCCUAAAAACUCAUCUGUACUCGAUGACUCAACAAUCACGGAACUUCGUCGAUGGAUGAAAAAGUUGAAAAUUUAUCGGAAGAUUUCAAAAAUUUUCGAAGAAUAUGAACCUGAAAGUGAAGUUUGUUGGUCGAAAGUGAAGCAAACGGCUGAUGAAAAGCCAGAAAUUCUUAUAAAUUACUUGCUGAAUGUGAACAUAAAUCUCAGUGCCUGCUUGGAAUUUCUUCAUAUCCAUCCUUUGAGGUAUCAAAACGAUGACAUCACAAAGAUGUGGGUGGAAACAUUAAACAAUCGGAAGCUUACAGAUCAACACGAAACGUUGUUUAAAAUCAUCGAGACAUUUCCAAAAAAACAAGUCAUUGACUUCUUCUAUUUUUCUCUCAACUUCAUCAAUCAUUUGCCAUCCAUGGUUCGAAUUAUAAACUUUUUGCAAUCAUCAAUCGACGAUGAAGUUUCUUUGAUUAAUCAAAUUCGCUUUCAAAAGUUCACAAUUUCCACAAGAAUCAUCGAAUGUCUUGGUGACAAUAAGAAUGGUUUAUGGCGACUUGCUUCACGUCCAUUAAUAAUUCUCGAACAAUUUCUCAUGAAUUCAAAGAUUGAAGCUUUAAGAAAAGUCAUUCGCGAAUUGAGGAAACUUUUACAAAAUCAACCAUCAUGUGAGACUUGUGAAUUGACCAGCCGAAAUAUGUAUCAAGUUGGUGAGAGUCUAGUCUAUGAUUUUAAUGCAUAUCAUGAUGAAAUUUUUAUAUCAAAUGAAUGCAUCGACUUGUUGCUGAAACUUUACACUGCUAAAGCUCUUGAUUUUCAAAUCGUGGACGUUCAUUCAGUUCCACCUUCGACUGAAGUGUCAAGCGUUGAUUCAUCUUUUGGAAUGUUUCAAAUGCCUAAAAAUAUUCCAUCAAGAGAUCAAUGGAUACAAGACAGUGUUACGAGUCAUUGCAUGUGUUGUAAGCGACAAAAAUUUAGUCUUUUAACAAGACGCCAUCAUUGUCGUCGAUGUGGAAGAGUUGUUUGUGCAAAUUGUUCUCAAAAUCGUCUUCAAUUUCCAGAAGUUUACAAUGAGCUAAUAGUUCGUGUUUGCAUUGAGUGUUAUCAACAAAUUGACAUUGAAAAGAAAAAGAAGCGAAUUGAAGUCGAUUUAAGUUCUGCUGAUGGGAAAAUCGAAUGGAAACUCACCGGCGACAUUUCAGCGGAUCAAUUAAUUCGAGAUGAUUUUAAUUUUGAAUUUUCUCCAAAUGUCGGACUUUGCAUUUCAAUUAUUAAUCUUCACUCAUCGAAUGAUGAGCUCGCACAAUUUCUACUCUUCCAUUGUCAUCGACUUGAGAUUCUUCUUCGUCCAAUACAUGGUGGAAAAGUGAACGAAGAAAUUGACAUGAGUCUCGUAGCGAAAAUGUUGAAAUGUUUGGCAUUUGCAGCAAAAAUUCAUGGGGCUUAG